AUCAUCAAAAUGUGGUGAAAACUAUAGCAAAUGUUCAGUGCCAUCACUGGAGAGAGCAUUUUCAAAGGCAGAUGUUGACAUGUCUGCAGUCUGGAUGAAGAUCUGUGCCAUUCUUUGUCUGUGCUAUUCAGCAGAGAUGAAAGAAGUGGUUUGGAGAGAAGUCGGAGAAUCCGUCACAAUCCAAUGUAGAUCCAGAACAACCAAGGAUCAUUCUCUGCAUUUUAAAAGGGGCCUCUGGGAGGAUAUGGAUAUUGCUCAAAUAACUAACGAACAAAAAUUGACCAAAGAACAGAAAAAAGUAAUGAAAAUAUCAGGAAAAAAAUUAGAUUUUGUUAAAAAUAUGUCUGACAGAGUUCAGUUUAAUGGAACAUACCCAGACAUAGAUUUUCUUCUUAAAAACCUGAGUGUCGAUGACACAGGAGCUUAUUGGUGUUUGUAUUUGAAAGGAACAUCAGGCAGCAAAGAAAUGAGAAAAGGUGAUGGAUCUGUGAUCGUCGUGGUAAAAGAAAGCAGUUCUGCUAGAGCAGAAGCAGUGCAGGGGUCUGGUGAACCACCCAAGAACAUGCCCUUGGUGUAUGCUGUCCCUGCUGCAGUCCUCUUCCUUGGCAUCAUAUUGAUCUUCAUCAUUUGGAUCAAGCGCAGGAGCAAGACCUUACACAUCACAGCUGAGCAGACUUGUGUCGAUGCUGAGACCGUCCGUCCUUGUGUGGAUGAAGAGCAUGUUGAGGACGAGACUGAGAGGCUGCAGAUUGCAAACCCGACUGAAUCACUCAACAUCCUGGACCACGGUGUCAAAAGUGAUGCGUGUUAAGCUACAUCGCUUGUCAGACCACUCAGUUUUCUAAACCGCACUUUUGCAUGUGUGCAAAGUGUGAACUGUUGUUGUACAGUUAAAGAUGAGGGGAAAAAAAUCAUUAUCAUGACUAGCAUUUACACCUGUAUUGUUUUGUCUUUGUGUGUUCCUUACCACUUCAUUUUCAGUUUUAAGAAGGUUUUCCUUGAAUAGAUAUGUAAAAUGAUCAUUUUAGACAACAUAUUACAAACUACUAAUGCAGAAAAAAAACAUCUGACGAAAUUAGUAUCAAGACUGUCAAUCAGGAAGGAAAAAAUGAAGGUGGAAACAAUAAGUAAGGACUUAGGAGGAAAACAAAGCAAAUGUUUUUGUAUUUUUCUUGCAUGAUGUAUCCCUUGGUCAAAAGAGGGCAGUGUUCUCUUCUUUUUCUUUUUAAACUGUUCCGGGUUUUUCCUUUAGGGAGCGCCACAGCGAAACAUCCUGCAUCCAUUUCAAGCUCAAACCUACUUUAAUGCCGCUGAUUUCAUUUUUAUGCGAUAAAAAAACCAGUAAGAAUUUUUCAUUAUAGAAAUGAAAAAUAAACCGAAAAUGUCUUGCUGCUUCAGAAUUCACCUAAAUAGUAAAA